GCGGCCGGGCUGCGCCGCGCUGCGCUCCGCCCCGCCGUGCGGGGGUGUCUGGGCGCCCGGGAGCAGCGCGGCUGCUGCAGUGCCGCGGCGGCCGAGCGGAGCGGCGGAGCUGAGGGUGCCCGCGGGGGCUCCGCGGAGGCAGGAGGAGAGGAGGGCGCGGGAGCCGACGGCGCUGAGAGGCUGCCGGCAGCGGGACCAUGUCGCUGCAGAGCCCGCCGGCCGCCGCCGAGCUGCCCCCCGGCCCCGGCGAGGGGCAUCCGCCCGGAGCGGAGCUGAGCCAGGGCAGCGCCGCGGCCCCGUCAGCCCAGGAGGGCGGCGAGGAGGAGGAAGAAGAGGAAGAAGGGGAGAAGGAAAAAGAAAAGGAAAAAGAAAAGGAAAAGGAGGGAGAGAAAUUGCCGCCCAUCCCGUCGGCGUCCGCCGCGGCUGUCGGGGGGUUGGAGGAAGGAGCCAAAAAUCAGUUUUCCACUUUCAGCAAUUUCAUCACAACUAUCAACCAAAAGAAAGAAGGCAUCGGAAACAGAAAUUCACCUACGCAACUUGUUAUACCCAACAUCAAAAACGGGAAGGACCUACCACCUCUUUGCCUCGAUGUCCGGCAAAAGCAGCGCAUGUCUGUGGAUGCAUUACCCCAAGAACCGAAAGCACCGAUUCCUCCUGAACCUUCCCUUCCAAUUCGAACCAAAACUAUGAAAGAUUUUCAGGAUGAUAUGGAAAAGUCGAAGGCAUCGGGAGAUUGGAAAGCUGUACAUAAUUUUUAUUCUACAACUUUUGAUUCUUUCUUGGAGAUAAAUGCUGCAUUUAAGAAAGAUACCAAUUCUCCAUUUGAUACCAUUGAGGACUCUGGAAUUGAUGCAGAUUUUGUGAAUGUUGUCUAUGAUGCCUUAUUAAAUACUCCUCAAGAUGUUCAGAAGUCAGUCCUAAAAGGAAUAAUUAAUGGUCUACUGCAAGAAUGGACAGGGCCACGAACAAAGGAUGAUCUCAGAGCAUAUUGUAUACUUUUACAGAAUCCUCAAUUUAGUAACACUUCUACUUAUGUCAUCUAUGCUCACUUGCUAAGACAGAUAGCAGCCUUAACAGAAGCUGACCAUCAUUUCCUAGUGCACUGGUCUAAAAAGAUUUCACAGAGGAGGUUCAAGCAGGUGGUGGACAGGUUACUGCAAUUUAUUUCUUUACGGCUGUUUCCUGCAAAACCUGAAGAAUUUCCACCUAUGGUGAAAUGUACCUGGUGGAUUCCAUCAGCAGCGAAAGUCCUGGCUUUAUUUAAUGCUGCAAAUAGUCUGAUUAGCCCUCCUAUUAUUUCAUAUACGGAUUUCUAUAAUUCUACACUUGAUCAUAUUGAUCUUAUGGAAGAAUAUCAUAACUGGCAAUGCUAUGGGAAUUCUCACAGGUUUUCUUUCUGUCAAUACCCGUUUAUUAUUUCUAUAGCAGCAAAAAAAGUUAUUAUUCAAAGGGACUCCGAACAACAAAUGAUAAGUAUUGCACGGCAAAGCCUUGUGGAUAAAGUCUCUCGCAGACAGAAGCCUGACAUGAAUAUGUUAUUCCUAAAUGUGAAAGUGAGGAGGACACACCUUGUUAGUGAUUCACUUGAUGAGCUAGCAAGGAAGAAGGCAGAUCUGAAAAAGAAGUUGAAAGUCACAUUUGUAGGAGAAGCUGGUCUUGAUAUGGGUGGCCUGACAAAGGAAUGGUUUCUGCUUCUGAUUCGGCAGAUUUUUCACCCAGAUUAUGGCAUGUUCACCUACCACAAGGACUCGCAGUGCCACUGGUUCAGCAGCUUUAAAUGCGACAACUACUCAGAAUUCCGACUGGUUGGAGCCCUUAUGGGACUUGCUGUAUAUAACAGUAUUACCUUGGAUAUUCGUUUCCCACCUUGCUGUUACAAGAAAUUAUUGAGUCCUCCCAUUGUUCCCUGUGAUCACAACACACUUGUAGGCAUCUGUGGUGUCACAUUAGAUGAUCUGUUUCAGAUUAUGCCUGAAUUGGCGCAUGGACUAAGUGAACUUCUAUCCUAUGAAGGCAAUGUUGAAGAGGAUUUUUACUCAACCUUUCAGGUUUUUCAAGAAGAAUUUGGUGUUAUAAAAUCUUACAACUUAAAGCCAAAUGGAGAUAAAAUUCCAGUCACAAAUCGGAAUAGGAAAGAAUAUGUGCAGCUCUAUGUUGAUUUUCUUCUCAAUAGAUCGAUCUACAAACAGUUUGCAGCUUUCUAUUAUGGAUUUCAUAGUGUGUGUGCUUCAUAUGCAUUACUGCUACUUCGUCCAGAGGAGGUUGAAAUUCUCGUCUGUGGCAGUCCUGAACUGGACAUGUCUGCUUUACAGAGAAGUACCCAAUAUGAGGGCUACCAAAAAACUGAUAUGACUAUAAGAUACUUCUGGGAUGUAGUACUUGGAUUUUCUCUGGAUCUUCAAAAGAAGCUGCUACAUUUUGCUACAGGAAGUGAUAGAGUACCUGUGGGAGGAAUGGCUGAUCUGAAUUUCAAGAUUUCAAGGAGUGAAACAUCCACUAAUUGGUCAAGGGCCAAAGGAGAAAACCAGGAAGCAGGAAAUGCUUGUGUUUUGGAUGGAUCAGGUAAUGAAGAACCACAAGAGGUGGAUAUUGGCAGGGACCUCUGGAAGCUGUCAAGUCCAAUUCCUCUGCUCAGAGCAGCUGUAGCCAGGGCUGGUGUCCAGGGCUCUCUGCCUGGUCCAGCUUUGAAUAUCUUCAAGGGUUUUGUCCAUUGCCUCUGGUCCUGUCACUGCAGAGGAGAGUGUGAUUAGUUCUUCUUUCCUUCUCACCACAACUAUCAGAGAGGACAUGAAUUCUCAUUCUGACACCAGAUCUGAGUAAGCAGAUGCACCCCGUGUGAUCACACGUGUUCUAUUGGAGGAGGCAGCAGCUCCAGCACUUCCUUCCAGCCCUCUGUUCCUAUAUAUAUAUUCCUGCAUGGCAUGGAUAGGUUUGCAUGGCACGUAGGAAAAGGAUUGCAUGCCCUGGGGAAAAGUGUGUAGGAGGGAAUUCUUCUCAGACAGCAGAGAGUCUGCAGUUGACAGCUGAGAACGGCCCUCCAUUGAUUAACCACCUUUGUAGCAGUAUUUGCAGUGGGAUUCUCUGUUGCUUCUGUUUCUCUCAUAAAAAACAAAACUGCAGAUUUACCACAGAGACUGUCAGAAGCUGUAUUAAACAAAAGCACAAUUUAGAAAAACCACUAAUUUUAGAAUGAUCAUAAAUAUUUAUACCAGACAGACCAUAAACAGCACCUUAGAGACCAUGCUCUGUUUAUAUAAAUCCCUCCUAAUUUAGAAAAUGUUGCAUUGAUAGACUGAGACAGCCAUAGCCAACAAAUGCAUAUUUGAGAAAAGUGCUAUACAGUCUCCUGUGACCAAAAUUUCCUCAUUCAUAUAGUAUUCAGCUUUUGUUUCUGGUUAAACCUGCUUAUAUGAAUUGCAUGCCAUAUUUUUUUUAUAACACUCUAUUCAUUGUGAAUUUUCAGGUUAGAAAAUUUGCUCAGGCCCAGAGAUUAUAGCUGGCAGCAAACAGAGAGGUCCUCCAGCCCUGCCCCCAGUCGUGCAGAGGGCUUCUGGCCCAGGCUGGGAGUCCCUCGGUGGGCACAGGGCUCUGGGCACCAGGGACCACACAGGGCUGGAGGGUGGGCACGCUGCAGCCCCCACCCUCCUGAGCUGCUGCAGGUUAUUCAUUUACAGCAUUCUAAGAACUGCUGGGAUUGUACAUGGCUCAAAAGCACUGCUGCAACCAAAACCAUUGGUCUGCUGAAUGCAGAUGAGGAAGAGCCUGGUUUACAGCUGUGUUUUACAGUGCCCUGCUCCUGUCACUGUCUGAUUCCACAGGUCCAGCAGAAGGCAGGAAAUAUAAAGGUAGUGGAGGAUGGCAGGGCAAAUGUGCCUUACAGCUGGAUUGAUUUAGGGUUGUUGAGAAAUCAUCAUGGUAAAAAUUAUUUCUCUAAGUGUUUCUAAACUUCUACCUUGGUCUCAGGCCAUAUAAAUCUCACAAUCUGCCCAGAGCAGAUUAUUAUCUCUGGAAAUAUGUUCUGCCAUCCACAGGUUAUAAUUGCAGUUGGAAGCUACUUUCAAGUCUUUUUAGCACAAAAGAUAUAAUUAAAUGUUAGUUCUGUACAGAAGCUGUGUAUACAAGAAAACCAUGCUCCUCAUAAUCUUUCCAUUUCAUUUUCAGAUUGCAAUGGAUUGUGCAGCAGGGCUAUCCACUUAAAAAUCAUCUUUUAUUAUCACAGAGUAAAGCCUGUGACUGUCAUUUUCUGAUCAAAAGGAGGGGUUACCCAUCUGUGAUCAGGUUCAAAGUUCUUGGAUAUGGGAAGUAAGGGAGUUGCUGAGUUUCAGAAUCUUUACCCAAGCCGCUCCUGGCAAGGGCACUGGAUUCCCCAGGGAUAAUGAAGCCACAUUCCCCAAUACAAAAGUAUUAUGAAACUAAUAUUUCCUAUCCUGGUGCAGAAAACAGGAACCCAGUUGACCCAAAACCUUGUUAAUGAGAAGUUACUUGCCAAAUUUGCCAGUCCCAUUAAGAUGGUUCAUUAUUUUAUGCACUUACAUUAUUGUACUUUUUUCCCUGAGUUUGAGCCCAGUUUCCUGAAAUAAAAGCAAUUUCAUACGAAAUGGGAAGGUAUGAUGUGGGGAACAGUAGCUGAGGCUUUGUGCACACAAAUACCACUGCUGCAUCUAGUUUUAGUAGCAUGGAUUGUGGGAAAGGGCAGCUCUUCUAGAAGGAUUUAUAAAUUUAUGUGAUGAGGGCAAAGUGCAACAGAGCUACUGCCUUUUUGAUAUCCUCAUCCUCUGAUAUCCAGAUUAUGUUCCACUCUCCUUGGCCUUGCUCUGUGCCUUAAUAUCAUGAUAGUUUAACAACAUUCUGAGCAAAUUUACUUAGUUAACCCAAAUAAAGCCAAAUUCUGCUGGGUUUGGUAGUUAGUUGAAUCUGCAUUUUUGACAGAAUGUUUAUUCUUGUGUUUUUCCCAUCUGCUAGAUAGACCUCUCUUUUUGCUUUUUUAACUUCAUUACUCAUUGUUGCUGCUGUGCACAUAAAUCAGUGAUGGCAUCAUAUGGUAUUGACUGCAGCUUUUCCAAAUAUAACUGCUUUAUAUGGAAUAUAUUGAAGCCACUGGGUGGAAUAGUAGAAGUAGUUUGGAGAACUACCCACAAAGAUGCAAUGAGGAAGCAUAGGAAGCAAUCAGGAAGCAAUGAGGCUAGCAUAGGGUUGUAAUAAAACACUUCUUGAAUGCUACUGUCUCACUGGUCCUUUCUUGAUAUUCUGUAGAGAGACUGAGUGUUUCUUAUUGCAUAGCAUAUUGUCUUCACAUGAACUCUCUCCCUUGUUAAAAUAGACACCUUUUUUGGAA